AGUCAAGCCAGCGGCAACACCGGGCGCUUCUGGUCUUAUUCGUUGAGCCACCAUCGCCGUCGCUCGCCAGACUCAUCCCGAGUGUCUUCCAAGAUGCCUCCCACCGGCCGCAGCUUCCGCAACAUGAUGCGAGGCAACUCGUCGUCCGAGUCUUCGAGUAUGUCGGACGAGAACGAGAUCCAGAUGCAGGGCUGGAUGCGCAAGCAGAAGGAGACGCUGCGCUCCUGGGCGCGACGGUACUUCACACUAAACGGCAAGAUGCUCACGUACUACGACAGCGAAAACACAAGUCGCGGCGCGCGCGGCAUCUUGGAGUUUGUGGACGUGACGCCACUCACAACCGAAAACAACGGACUGUCGCUACACUUGGUGAACGGCAAGGAAGUGCGACUCAUUGCCGACACGCAUGUGGCCUACGCGGCGUGGAUGGCGGUGCUCUCAGCUGCCGUCAAGCGGCCGCGUACCAGCAAGAACCGCACCAGCAAGGAAGGCUGGGCCCACUGUCUCACGGACGACGAUGUCUGGACACGCUUUUUCGUGGUGAUCAAGCACGAUAGUUUUAGCUGCUACGAGUCCGAAGAUGACGACGCUGAGCUCGCUUUGUCCGGACUCAUCCGCGCUGUGGACGAGUGGGACGGCAAGCGCUUCGGUAUCGUGUGCUCGCUCAACCGAAGCCGCACCAUCAAGCUGUGCUUCGACUCGGCCGAGGAGAAAAUGUCAUGGUUCCUCACACUGGAGUUCUCGGUCUCGUACGGUGCCGCACGGAUGAAGAAGGAAUCGUCCGUCAAGAGCAACAGCAGCGACCACAACCCUGUGCUGCGUGCGUAUUCGUCCAAGUCGGACAUUGGAGCAGCUGCGGAAAAGGACGAUGGCGUGUGGAUCUAG